GCAACCCCCAUUUCCAAUCCGUACCAUCGAUUUAUAUAAGGCUCUGCUUUUCUAUGCACCCGUAUUGGUAAGGGACAUUUCGUCCACUCGAAGAUUAAACACGUAAUGCCCGCAGAGAAAUUAGAAUGGUCAGCAAUUGAUGGGGUCGAACACCCAGUCUUGUCACCAGCUUGGAUUAGUAAUGGUCUCGUCUUCACAUCAGGCAUAGUUGGACAGAACUACACGACAGGUGAUAUUCCAGAUUCCCUCGAAGAACAAACCGAACUUGCUAUUGCUAAUAUAAAGAAAGUGUUGGAGGCUGCUGGUACUUCGUUGGACAAAGUGUUCAAGGUGCUUAUGUUCAUUUCGCACCUGGACUAUUCUACUACUAUGAACAAGAUAUAUGGAAAGCACUUUCUUCAGAAACCAUCAAGAAGCUGUGUAAUCGCUGCAUUUAUGGACGCAAGGAUCAAGGUCGAACUAGAAGUUAUUGCAACGAAGGAUUGAAAUAUUAAUAGUUUAUUUGUAUAGUAAAUAUUAUAUGUUAUUUUCAAAAUUGAAAUGUCAACCUUGAGUAUCAGUAUAACGGAACAUUACAUAAUCGGAUUCCAAAAUUUUUCAAUAUUCUUUUCUUGUUAUACACCUUCCUUCUAAAUGGCCCAUGUCACCUACUGAACCGGCCAAGAGAAAACGAAAGCGUAUCAUUGGAACAUUCAAAUGUCCUGCUGUAAACUGCGGCAAGGUGUUCUCACGAGCCGAUCACCUAGGCAGACAUCAAAGGAGCCAUAAUCCUGGAUCUCGAUAUGCAUGUCCAUAUCCUAAUUGUGGACAAACUUUCACCAGACAUGAUGUCAAAGAGAAGCACUUCAAAAGGCACACUAACGGAAUAGAAAAAUCAAAACGCGACGAAGGCAGCACGGAAAAUACGUUGUCUCCUACCGACCUAAUUGAAUGGUUGUUUCAUGACGAACUAAGUGUAGACAAUUCGAAUUCUGGAACCAAUCUCCCGGGGCACUCGACCGAUCUCCCCAGUGGAUUUUCUCCUGUGUCUUUGAUUGAAACUAUGUUCGCAGUUCUGCCGAACUUUCCAAAUUCUAACUAUAGAAUUGCAGUCAAUGAGAAUAUCAGAUCCAAUUUGAUAUCCUUCAUUCCCUCCUUAGAAGCCAACCCUGACUUUGGUUGCCUUCAAAUUGAGGAGUGCUUGCUGAAUUAUUGGCUCUUAUACCACCCACAAUAUCCUAUCUUGCACCGACCAUCCUUCUUAAAUUCUGAAGCGCCGCCUUUGCUAUUGUUGGCGAUGGUAAUGCUUGGCAGCAACUUUGUACCUUGUGCCAAAAGUGCCGACUCUCUAUUGAGAAACCCCAAAGCUUUGGCAGAUCAAAUUGCGGAGCCGUUGAGAUGGCUCAUUUUUGCCAAUAUUGACUGCAGACCACCGGCCAAAGUUUGGGUCGUUCAAAGUUUGCUCCUUCUUGAGACAUACGAAAUAACAAGUUCCAGUCGAUUUCUUCAUGAGAGAGCAUAUUUGCAUCACGGUUCCAAGAUACAAUUAUUAAGAAGAUCGCCAAUUUUAGGUGGAGAUCCAUUGAAAAGUGAAAACCAUGAUGGUGCAUACCUGCCUCCUAAUCAAGUUUGGAAAACUUGGAUCGAAGUAGAAUCGAUGAAAAGGGCAACUCUUAUGGCAUUUUAUUUGGACACUAUUCAUGCAACUGUGUAUGGGCACCUGAUAAUUCUAUAUGCGCACCAACUCAAACUUUCUUUGCCUUGUGAAGAUGUUUUGUGGGAAUUUGAUAAUACAAACAAGUCAGAAACCUUGUCAUUUGAAAGGACUCCAAAAUUCCUUGCUGCAAUGAAUAAACUACUUCAUAGACAGAAAGUUGUCACGAGCUCAUUUGGAAAGAAGGUCCUCUUAGCAGGACUAUUAACGAUAAUGUUCCAAAUGCAGCAGAAAGACUUACAGCUUUCAUUCCUCGAAUGGGAUUCUAUGAAAGACUCGUGGAAUCAAACAAUAUCUUUGGCAAUUGACGUAUGGAGAGCAGAUAUUUGCACAGAGGGAGGUUGCUGCGAUACAGAGAACUCUCUUUGGUUUCCAAUUGAACUGAAGAAGAAGUUACCUCCAAUGUUACGAAUUGACGACACUCGCUGCAAAUUUGGAUUAUAUCAUAUUGCACAAAUUUAUAUGAGGAUAUCACAUUAUGAUUACAUUAUAUAUGCUGGUGCUCCUAGUAGGAUGAAUGUUAAAGCUGGAAAAGCGGAAUACGAGAUAGUUGCAAAGCGAGUAAUGGAAUGGUCACAUAGCCUUAAUGGAAGUAUAAGUGCCAUACAUGCCUAUUGGUUCUUGUGUGAAAUGAUUCUUUCUCCGGACAAUGAAGAUAUCACCUUCACUUAUGACCCAAACACAGAUCCCUUCAUGCAUAGAAAGAACAUAAUUGCAAGUGCUGUUUUGGUUCUCUUUGCUUAUAAUUAUUCUCUUCAUGGCCCGGAAAGUGUGACAUAUGACCAACUAGCUACUAGUGAUUACUAUCCUGACAAAGAAGAUGGAUAUUCUUACUUGAGGCGAAUUCGGAAGUGUUUAUCAAGAGGACCAGGUGGACCCUUUCAUAGGAUCAAUUAUGGAAGAACUAGUGCUCAAUUCCAUGAAGCGAUCAAGCUUCAUUCUGAAACAUUGCGAUCCAUUGAUAACAAGCAUCACCUUGUUGGUUUGCUCAAACUCUUUUACAGAAGUUAUAAAGGUUGCAACUGGGAAAUUGGUCGCGAAUACUCAAAACUAUUUCGCAACUGUAUUAAGAGAUGUUUAGGUCGUAAGAGUGUAGUUUGUGACGAUAUGUACGUUAAUUAAGUUAGAUAUUAAUAGAAUACUUUUCUUAGCGC